AUGACAGACCGACACAUCUUCCCAGAUCAUACUACCUUAGUAUUCCGAUCACUGAGAGGACUUGUAGCUUCUAAUCCUUACCUUAAUCUCAUCCCAUCAUUGAAAGUCGUUUAUAGAGCAGAUCAUGAUACUUCCAAAGUAUCCUUGAUUUGUGGUGGUGGAUCAGGACAUGAACCCGGAACAGUCGGUUUCGUAGGAAAAGGUUUAUUGAAUGCAAGUGUUGCAGGUGAUGUUUUCGCCAGUCCAAGUGCAAGACAAGUCAACGCUGCCAUCAAAAUGGUUGGAAGUGAAAAAGGUGUUAUAUUGGUUAUAACCAACUAUACGGGUGAUAAUCUUCAUUUCGGUUUGGCUAGAUUAAUGGCUCAAUCUGCUGGAGUCAAGAAUGUGGAACUCGUAGUUGUUGGAGAUGAUGUAUCGGUGCCCCGAUCAAGAGGAAAGUACCUAGGUAGGAGAUGUCUCGCAGGUAUAACCUUGGUGUGCAAGAUCAUGGGAGCAGGAUCAGAAGCGAAUAUGGAAUUUGAUCAACUUGUAUCUUUGGGUAGAUCUUUAUCUUCCAAUACAGCUUCUAUAGCUGUGGCUUUAGAUCAUUGUCAUGUUCCAGGAAGAAGUGGUGAUGGUGAAUGGCAUAUUGAAGAAGGUAGAUGUGAGAUUGGUUUAGGUUUGCAUAACGAGACUGGAGUAUUCAAUAUCGCUCAACCAGGUCCAGAAGAAUUGAUCACCAAAUUAUUGGAUUUAUUACUUAAACAAGAUGAUCCAGAAAGAUCAUUUGUCAAAUUCAAAGAUGACGAUGAAUUGGUUUUAUUAGUCAAUAAUAUGGGUGGAAUGAGUGAAUUAGAAAUGGGUGCUGUCGUAGAUGAAGUUUUGGUUCAACUCGAAUCAAGAAAUAUCAACCCAGUCCGAAUUUUACAAGGUCCAUUUAUGGGAGCAAUGAAUAUGCCCGGUAUAUCAUUAUCAUUACUUAAUUUGACUAAUGUGUCAGAAGAACAUUCGUUCGUUUCGACUUUGAAAUUACUUGAAUUAUUAGAUGCUCCUCACAACUCUCCUGCUUGGCCAGCUACAUCCCAGAGAUAUCCUCUUCCUGAACAAUUGAAGAAUAGAAAGAGGGAAGAUGCAUUCACUGAAGUUGAAGAAGAGAAAGAAGAGGUUUAUACUGGUGGAGCGAAAUUAGUCGUCGAUCCUAAACCGAUUAGAGAAGCAAUGAAGAUUGCAGCUGAAAACGUAUUAGCUUUAGAACCACAAUUGACCAAAUGGGAUACGAUUGUCGGUGACGGAGAUUGUGGAGAGACAUGUGCACUUGGAGCCAAAGGUGUACUUUCAGCUCUUGAGAAUGGUUUAGGAGCAGAUGGUGAUCUUGUUCAAUUAUUCCGAAUCUUAACACAAGUAAUCGAUGAUUCAAUGGGUGGAACCCUCGGAGCUAUUUUCUCGAUUUUCCUCGCAGGUUUAACCACGGCAUUGAUCAAAGCAGUUGAAGCCAAUCCUGAACUAGAAGUUACACCUUUAUUCUUUGGUGAGAUAACCAAAGAAGCUUUGGACACUUUGCAGCAACGAACAGCAGCCAGGGUCGGUCACCGUACAGUAAUGGAUGCCCUAAUCCCUUUCGCAGAAACAUUGGCACAAUCUGGUGAAUUGCAAAAAUCAGUUGAAGAUAGUACGAAAGGAGGUGAAGGUACAGUCAAGUUAGAAGCUAAAAUGGGUAGAGCAGCCUAUGCAGGUACCGGUGCUGAAAGAGGUGAUAUGCCUCCUGACCCAGGGGCUAUGGCUUUUGUGGAAGUUGUUAAAGCUUUAGGAAAGGUCUUCUCAGGUCAAUAA